AUGGAUCGCGGUGAUCCAUGGCGCCAAACUUUGCUUGUAGAAGAAGACGUCGAGAUUAGUAUCCAGGGAUACCGAAACCAUACGUUGGGCUUUCUGUUGUAUCGGAUCUCUUGUAUCGCAUCAUUGGGAGUGGUGUGGCUCGUGUGUCGCUGGAUGCCGCAGUGGUGGGUUUCGUGGGUCGGGGAACGAGCCACGUUAAAUGAGGCACAAUGGCUCGUAUUUGUGAAUCAAUACGGUGAGCAGGAGAUACUACGACCGCAGCACGAGUUCUACGGGGGCACUGUUGGAUCCGUGUUUUCUGUGGAUCAGAUGAGAGAGGUCAUUCGGAAUGAUGGAUGCAGCCCUGACGAAGCUCGGCGUUUGUUGAACAUGGAGGAAAAAUUGACCCACUUGAUUAUUAUGGAAUAUCGCUAUGUCCGGUUGGCGUAUCAUCCAUUGCUACGUCGGUUCUUGAUUAUUGGGUUCUGGAAGGAUACAAACUGGACAUCCAUAAAAAAUGCAAAGGCCGGGUUGACUACAGAAAAGUAUAUCCAACGGCUUUGUGCGUUCGGACCUAAUUUGAUCAACAUCCGUGAGAAACCUACAGGUGCCUUGCUGCGCGACGAGGUGCUAAACCCUUUCUACGUGUUUCAAAUUGGAAGUAUCAUUCUAUGGAGCAUGGAUGAUUAUUAUUACUAUGCAUUCUGUAUUUUUACCAUCAGUGCAAUAAGCAUCAUCACAACGCUCGUAGAGACAAAACAGACCAUGAAGCGGAUGCGAGAUAUGUCAAGAUUUGAAUGCAGUGUCCGCACGUUUCGGAACGGAUCAUGGCGUACGAUCAGUUCUACUGAGCUUGUACCAGGUGAUCUGAUCAAUUUGGCGGAUUUGCAUACGGUCCCUUGCGACGCGAUGCUUAUCUCGGGUGACUGUAUUCUAAAUGAAUCCAUGCUUACGGGCGAGUCCGUGCCUGUAUCCAAAGUUCCCGCGGCUGACGCCAUUGUGCGCAAAAUGGACCUUUCUGGACCCACAAUACCUGCAGAAAUCACAAAGCACUUUUUGUUCAUGGGUACCAAAGUGGUCCGUGUGCGUUGUGGUAACAAUGUCUCGGCUGCUGUUGCCUUGGUCGUGCGCACAGGCUUUAAUUCGGCUAAAGGCUCUCUCGUCAGAAGCAUGCUGUUCCCCAAACCAAACAACUUUCAAUUCUAUCGUGAUUCAUUUCGAUUUAUUGGUAUUCUUGGGAUUAUCGCGGUAUGCGGAUUUAUGCUAUCGACCAUCAACUUUAUCCGCCUGGGCAUCGAUACGGAAACCAUGAUCUUGCGUGCACUGGAUUUGAUCACUGUCGUUGUUCCGCCUGCAUUACCUGCUACCAUGUCCAUCGGUACCAGCUUUGCCAUCGGUCGUUUGAAAAAAAUUGGUAUCUUUUGUAUAUCUCCACCAAAAGUCAAUAUUGGCGGCAAAGUGGAUUGCAUGUGCUUUGACAAGACCGGAACAUUAACCGAGGAUGGUUUGGAUAUUCAUGGAUUCCGAACUGUAUCGGCACGUGAAGAAGGAAGUAGCGUGAAACAUUACUUUGAUGACGAAAAGCUGUCUAUGCAAGGUACCAAUCCAAGCACGCACGAUCUGGAAGAAGAGCGUUGUACAAAGGCUAGAAUUUUCCGUGCCAUGACCACUUGCCACUCGCUCAAGAUUGUCGACGGAGAAUUGAUUGGUGAUCCGUUGGAUCUGAAGAUGUUUGAACAUACCCGAUGGGAGCUCGAAGAAAGUGGUGGUGCGUCGUCUACUGGUCUCAAGACAAGAAGCGAAUUAGCGGCUCUGCAAGCUAAAAAGAGUGCCAAAGUUGGUAUCAUGCCCACAGUUGUCCGGCCGCCCGGUGGACGCCAAGAGUUACCUCUUCAUUUGAAUCAUAGCGAAGCCGCGCCUGUUGAGUUUGGUAUCAUCCAUUCAUUCGAGUUUGUAUCUGCUUUGCGACGCAUGAGUGUAAUUGUACGACAGCUGGCCAACCCAGUCAUGGAGGUUUUCGUCAAGGGUGCACCUGAAGUCAUGGUUGAUAUCUGCAAACCAGAAACUUUACCAGUCAAUUAUCAAGAAGUUUUAUAUUAUUAUACACAUCGCGGAUAUCGUGUGAUUGCAUGCGCAUCGCGUCAGUUGGACGGUGUCAAGUGGCACAAGCUGCAUAAGCUAAAAAGAAACGAAGUUGAGUCCAAUCUUACUUUCCUCGGGUUUAUCAUUUUCGAAAAUAAGCUCAAAGCGCGCACGAUCCCUGCUCUUACAACACUGCGCAACGCGAAUAUCCGUCAGAUCAUGUGCACUGGUGAUAAUGCAUUGACAGCCAUCAGUGUAUCUCGAGAAUGUAGCCUAGUAGAUGAAUCUGCAGAAAUCUAUGUACCCAAGUUCUUGAGUGGCUCCUCCACAGAUCCCAACUCUCAGUUGUCUUGGGAAAGCGUGCUGUCAGAAGGACAAAGUCUUGACAACGAUACUUUGGAGCCCCGUCGCUCGGAUUAUUAUGGGCGUCCUUAUCAUCUUGCUGUUACAGGCGAAGCCUUUCGCUGGAUGGUUGACAAUGCACCCACCGAACUUUUACAACGCAUGCUCGUUAAAGGUGCCAUCUAUGCUCGCAUGUCACCGGAUGAAAAACAAGAACUUGUGUUUGAACUACAAAAUAUCGGCUAUUGUGUUGGAUUUUGUGGUGAUGGUGCAAACGAUUGUGGCGCCCUCAAGGCAGGUGACAUCGGUAUCUCACUGUCGGAAGCAGAAGCAUCCGUUGCUGCGCCAUUUACUAGUAAUACAAUGGACAUUGCUUGUGUUAUUGAUGUGAUUAAGGAGGGACGAGCGGCCUUGGUGACGAGCUUCAGCUGCUUCAAGUACAUGGCCCUCUACAGCAUCAUUCAAUUCACUUCAGUCACACUUUUAUACGCAUUCGGCAGCAAUUUGGGUGACUUCCAGUUUUUAUACAUAGAUCUGUUUCUUAUAUUGCCCAUUGCCGUCUACAUGGGUUAUACUGGAGCAUGGCCACAUCUUCAUCGAAAACGCCCUACAGCAAGUCUUGUAUCGAAAAAGGUUUUGACCUCUCUCCUUGGCCAGAUCAUGAUUACUUCGAGCUUUCAAUUCAUUGCUUACUGGGCGACGCAUCAGCAGGAAUGGUACGUGCCCCCAGUAUUCAAUCCAGACGGGGAAAACAUUUCGUGUUUCGAAAACACAGUUCUGUUUUUGCUUUCGAGCUUCCAGUACAUCUUGAUCGCUGUGGUAUUCAGCGUUGGACCACCUUACAGACAGUCCUUAUGGACAAAUGGACGACUUGUGUUGGCCAUCACACUGCUAGUUGCAUUGACAACUUGGUGUGUGCUAUUCCCAAGCGGCUGGCAAACGAGCCUGCUCGAACUGCAAACGAUCCCAUUCAGUUUCCGAAUUUUUAUUAUGUUCCUUGCGGGUGGCAAUCUUGCAUUGAGCUAUCUUUGUGAAAAGUACUUUUUCCCUCAUCUCGCUGUAUGGCUCUCUAAUACCAAGAAGAAUCUCAAGAGCCAGCGAGCACAGUCAGGAUACGCUCCAUUGAUCAAGACACAUAAAAAGAUAUAUAAACGGGUUAUGGACGAGAUGGGCAUUGUAGAUAUUCACCAUUGA